CAACAACAUCCUACCAUCUUGGAUCCACCAGCUGGCAUUUCACCUCAAAUAAUCACUACGGAUCUCUACAGUGACGGUGAUAGAUCUCAAUUUACUGGAGGGACUUGGCUAGAUUAGUCCUCGUUCCUUUCGCCCCUCAGCGUGGCACGUCGAUUUUUGAGGGUCGUGAUCAGGAACAAUACCUUCUCUCUUUCGACGAAACCGGGCGACUGGCUUGUCCUUGACUUUUUCACGCGUUCGACGUCACAUCUACGAUAGAAUCGAAGUUUCAUUGAUGACCAUCUCACGACGUCGGCUUGCGAAUUGAGCGUUUCGGCUACAAACAUUCCUUUCCAUCUCUCUAUUUACAUCGGCUGGAUAACAUAGCGACGCCCACGCUCGACUAUGGCAGCUAUCGGUGAUGAGAGGACGGAGCUGGAUGAGGCUACCUUCAACAUGAACAGAGGUCCCCGGCCGCGGAGACAUGACGAUGACGAUGAAGGUACAGCAAGUGCUUCUCUGGCUCGCCGCUCAAAAGCGCAGGGUGACGUCGAAGAGGAGAAAGAGCUCCCUCCGCAUGCAUGUGCCUACUGUGGCAUUCACAACGCGAGCAGCGUCGUCAAGUGUCUGUCCUGUAGCAAGUGGUUUUGUAGCGCUCGUGGAAAUACCUCUUCGUCUCAUAUCGAAGUCCAGCUGCACCCGGCCUCGUCCUUGGGAGACACCAUCCUCGAAUGCUACAACUGCGGUACCAAGAAUUCUGAUACGGUCGUCGUGCUCCUCUGUCGUCAACCCUGCGCCGCCAUGCCGUCUUCCAAAGACAUGAAUUGGGAUACUUCGCGUUGGCAGCCGUUGAUCGAAGACCGCUCGUUCUUGCCGUGGCUCGUCGCCCAACCAUCGGAUCAGGAGCAGCUUCGGGCUCGCCACCUCAGCCCACAGUUGAUUGCGAAGCUGGAGGAAAUGUGGAAGGAGAACUCCCAGGCAACCUUUUCGGAUCUCGAGAAAGCCACCGCGGUGGAUGACGAACCCGCCCCCGUCCUCUUGCGUUACGACGAUGCCUACCAAUAUCAAAAUAUCUUUGGACCUCUGUUGAAAGAAUCGCAGUCGCAGGAUGGGCUUAUCCACUUGGCUAGCUUCAUACUCCCGAAACUAGAACUUGGUGACGUGAAACUGGCUGUUGGUGAUGAAAUGCGCCUCAAAUACACCGGUGAAUUGCGACCGAAAUGGGAGGGAGUGGGAUACGUUAUCAAGAUCCCCAACAAUCAGUCUGACGAGGUUACGAUCGAGUUACGCGCCAAGGGCGAUCAUAAGUCAGUGCCGACCGAGUGCACACACAACUUCACCGCCGACUACGUUUGGAAGUCGACCUCCUUCGAUCGCAUGCAACUUGCGAUGAAGACAUUCGCCGUUGACGAGAUGAGCGUCGCAGCUGCGCCAAUGAAGACCCAGAUGCCCAAGAAGUUCAGUAUCAACGCCGUCAAGAGCCCUCCCGGUACGGGCAAAACAGUGACCUCCGCCACUAUUAUCUACCAUCUUGCCAAACUCAACGGCGGCCAGGUCCUGCGUAUCCACAGGACCGACGUGGAAUCUCCCGUCGGUUUCUUGUCUCUGCAUGAACAACUGAACCAGCUCAAGUCCGAGCUUGGCGAACUGUCCAGCCAGGAUGAAAAGAGACUGAAACAGCUUACUCGGUCCGCCGAGCGCGAAAUCUUGAACAACGCGGAUGUGAUUUGCUGCACUUGCCUCAAAUUCCGUACUGUCUUGAUCGAUGAGUCGACCCAGUCCGCCGAGCCUGAGUGUAUGAUCCCGUUGGUCUUAGGCUGCAAACAGGUUGUUCUGGUUGGUGACCAUCAACAGCUGGGACCCGUCAUCAUGAACAAGAAAGCCGCCAAGGCCGGUCUUAACCAGUCACUUUUCGAGCGCCUGUACCGUAUGCAUCCUUGUCUGUCAGAGUUCCCGUCGAACAUGUUCUACGAAGGUUCGCUGCAGAACGGAGUUACAUCUAUCGACCGUCUCCGCCGUGAUGUCGAUUUCCCCUGGCCCAUCGGUGACAACCCCAUGAUGUUCUGGUCCAACCUGGGUAACGAAGAAAUCUCUGCGUCAGGGACGUCCUAUCUCAAUCGCACGGAGGCGACGAACGUGGAGAAGAUUGUCACUCGGUUCUUCAAAGCUGGCGUCCAACCAAGUUCCAUCGGUAUCAUCACACCCUAUGAGGGUCAGCGCAGCUACAUCGUCAGCUCCAUGCAGGCCAACGGAACUUUCAAGAAAGAGCACUACAAGGAAAUUGAAGUUGCCUCGGUCGAUGCCUUCCAGGGUCGUGAGAAGGACUUUAUCAUUCUCUCUUGCGUUCGUUCCAACGACCACCAGGGCAUCGGUUUCUUGAGCGACCCCCGCCGUCUGAACGUCGCGCUUACCCGUGCCAAGUAUGGACUGGCCAUUCUCGGAAACCCCAAGGUUCUGUCCAAGCAUCCUCUGUGGAAUUGUCUCCUGCAGCAUUUCAAGGAGAGACACUGUCUGGUUGAGGGUCCUCUUUCCAAUCUCCAGGAAUCCCUGAUCCAGUUCAGUCGCCCCAAGCAAGCCUACAGAGGACCCCAGCGGUUCCAGAUGGCAUACAACCACGCCUCCAACGUCACCAACGGAAUGAUGAACGGAAGAAACGGCAACCGUAACGAAUACAAUGAUUCUGGCUCGGUGGUUGGUUAUAUUCCCGACGAUGUGUCGUCCGUCCACUCUUCCGCACUGGGAGGAGUCGGUAUUCCUUCUGGAUACCCGCCAAUGUUCCAGAACUUUGGCGACUCGUGGCCUACUCUUCCUGGUGGACGACGGGCCAACGGCAACCGAGGCAAGGGAACGCCGAGCAUCGCUGGCGAGUCUGUUGCGGCCACUGAGUCCGACGUGACUGGAAGCAUCGUCGACGGAAAGAGCGUUGACCAGGGUGGUGUCAGUCUCGCCGGGCUGAGCAUUAACGACAUGAGCAAACAGCCCAGUCUCAGCCAGUCCGAUCGACUGAAGCGCUACGUUGAAUCCGGCGGACGAGAGCCGUAUAAACCCGGGGUCCCUGACAAUGGCAGCAUCUUCGGAGGCAGCUCUGCCAGCAUUCGUGUCACCCGCGGGGUUCCCGGUCAAAUUCACGACGACGACGAUACGCGCAGCGUUUCCACUGCUUUUGCCAGUCAGAUCGGAGGCAACUAUGACUGA